CGGAGCAGAGGGUCGUCACGGCAUAUGUUUUUUCUCCACGAGAAAGUGAGAAGAGACUCCGUUUUUACCGUCUGACCGGAGGAUUUGUAUAAAGCUUUGCUCGGUGGUUUAGCUGGACUUCAGGCAGAAGGAGAUGUGAGUGAACUAUGACUUGUGCAAAUGGACACAAACAUGGCGUCUUCACCUUCUUCUCCACCAUGUUUGUGGCGCUCUGCUGCCUGGACGUUCGGGGCUCCGGGCCUCCGGGGGACGGCGGCCCCGGUUGUGGCCCCUGUCCGCUCAACUGCAGCUGCUCGCCGGCGGGGCCACAGCCGUCUUGCGUCGUCAACUGCUCCAACAUCGGCCUGGAAAAAGCCCCGACAGGAGCCGAACUCCCGCCGAGUACCGCCGUGCUAGAUCUGUCCAGAAACCACAUCUCCUCCCUUGAUACCAGCCUGCUGGACCGACUCGGUGGACUCAGAGAGCUGUAUCUCCAGAAGAACAGGAUCACUGUUCUUCCCAGAGGAGUGUUCUGCUGCGGCCCGCUGUCCAUCCUUGAUUUGAGCAACAAUAAAAUCACCACCAUAGAUGAACGAAUAUGUGACAACCUCUGCAACCUGACCCAGAUAGAUUUGAGCUUCAACCCCUUUGAGUGUGACUGUAAGCUGUUCCGGGUGGUCAGCUGGCUCCAGGAGAAAGGCGUGCAAGUCCAGAGGGCCGAAGCCAUGCUCUGCAGCCAUCCGCCUGAGCUGCGACACCAGCCAUUGCUCAACAUCAGCCUGCUCACCUGUGGUUUGAACUAUGCAGCGUGUCUGGAUGAUGGCAGCAGAGGAGGCGGUGGCCAGAGUGAACUCGUCAUCUUCUCCUCGUCCACACCAGGAAACUUCACUCGUGAAGAGUGCAACAGCCUGUGUUUUGCUGCGUCUCAUCGUUACGGCGGCCUGGGCGCGAGACAAGAGUGUCUGUGCAGCACAAACUCUGAACCAAACUUCAUCAGCGAGUCUCAGUGUUCUGCAGCCUGCACAAAGCCUCACGUCAUGAAGGAAUGUGGGUGGACUCUGGCCCACGACGUGUUUGCAGUGCAGUUCUCGGUGUCCUUGAAGCCCCUCCCACUGCAAAGUGUUCAUAACUCCAUCAGCUUCUGGGUCACCUCAACUGUCACUCCAGUAACACUUUCCUGGGAGUUUGGUGACCUUUCACCUCGGGUCAACAUGACAGGGGCAGCCGUCAACAUUGCAACCCAUAAAUACGGUCUUCCUGGGCGCUAUCCCGUCCGUGUAACGGCCUGGGGUGGCCACAAGGAGGUGUCUGCACAUGGAGACGUGACUGUGGCACUUCCUCCCAAACUGGAGCUGCACUGUCCAGCUCUCACCGUCGCCAAUAGAAGUCUGGACUUCAGGAUUGUGAGCUGGGGUGCUGUGGACAUGGCAGUGGAGUGGGAGAUCAAAAAAGAUGGUGUCCAGGUGACCAAAGCUGCCCCCUACUGUCCAAAGGACGGCUUGUACCACACUGAGUCCUUGAACUGCUUCCACCUGGUUCCAGAGGAGCUGAGUUGGACUGAGGCACGGCAGCGGUGCGCUGGCCACAGCGGCAACCUGGCCGUGGUCGGAAGUGAAUCUGUGCGAAACCUGCUGGCACUCAGAGUCACACAGGAGCGUGGUGUGUGGCUGGGUCUGAGUGACAUGGACUCUCCAGGGACGCUGCGCUGGGUGAAUGGCGCCACAGCACAGGAAGGUCUACCAGCGGGUUCCCGCUUCUCUCACGGUAACCAGUGUGUGUCCCUCGACCAGCAUUCCCAAACCAGCUCCCAUCUGUGCAGCGCCAAGCGGGCGUUUGUCUGCCAGUACAGUCCACAAGUCAGUGCUCCGAAUGCUGGGGUCUUCAUGGUGGGCCUGGCUGUGUUUCCUUUCCAUCAUCCUUUGCAACGUCCACCCUGUGCCGCGCUGUCUGCUCCACCACUAGUCAGCAGUGCAAUAGAGGUUCUGCUGUUUCCGGCACUGACCUUCAUUCACGGAGGCCGACUGUCCUCCCUUGAGUUCAUCACUCAGGAACUCAGCUCAGAAAUACAUGUCCGCUUCCAGACCUACAGACCUCACUGCCACCACCCAGGCCUCCACCUGCUGCUGCCCAGAUGUGGCAGUUUGGCAUGCGCACCAAUGGCUGUGUGCGUCCACACUGAUGGCAGGAGCGGUCAUCCGCCUUCCUGCCCCUCCCUACAGCAGUGGUGCCCCUUCAAGCAGCAGUGUCUGCCCCUCUCGAGUCCGUGCCACACAUCUGCCUGUCCCAACUGCACCCAUGGACAUAGACUACCACCGGGGACGCUGCGGCCUCGAUACUCCCUCCACAGUGAGGUCUUCAUCACGCUUCCUGCAGGACCAGCUGCACACAUCCUGGUACAAGAAGAGUUGGAAGAUGUCUUGGUGUCCCGUGGUGAUGUCAUCGCCCUGCAGCAUGAUGCCGGUCCCGUCUCCCUUCUUGACUGUCACGCUCCUGCGCAUUCUCCGUGGCAACAGUCUGUUUUAGCCAUCAACCUGCCAGAGUGGUUCUGGUCCAACAGAACCAGCCUGUCUGCUGAUAUCUCCGCUGACCAGGACAGCAGCGCGGCGCGCCCUGACCCAGAACUUGAUUUGGAGGUACUGGUGGGGGAUGGCGAGGGACGCUGGUUAGAGGAAGUGGUGUGUCCUCUCAGGGUUCUGUAUGUGGGACAAAGUGAGACCCAGCUGCCAGGAGCCCAUGUGUCUGCUGCUCUGCUACAGCCUGGACUCUACAGCCUGCAGGUGACCUCUGUGAAGCCGUCCUACCACGCCUCAGCGUCCUGCCCAUUGCGGGUGGUUCCCCCUCUGGACUUGGUGAUCCUGCACCCCCCUAUCCAGAAUGGCACCGUCUACCUGCAGCCUAAUGACACCCGUCUGCUGCUCCGGGUGCAGUCCUGUGAGGUCACACAGGUGUCGUGGCACGGGACUGACCGCAGCGCGACCUUCUAUUCCGAAUGUCCUCCAGAGUUUGCUGCUAUUCCAGGGCUGUGUCAGCCAGGCUCUGGAUCAGAGGCCGAGGUGCCGGGGCGUAGCCUGUUUGCGGUGCUGGAUAUGAGGCUGGGAGCGGAGGAGCGGAGGACUCCGCUGCCGGUGGAGCUGGAGGCGCACAGUGACGUGACGGAAGCCACCUUGGAGGUGCUGAUCCAGCUGGAAGAGCCACUCAGAGGGUUGUUGGUGCAGCCACACCCCGCCCGCCGUGUGCUGAUGGAGUCUGUCGUGAGCUACACAGCAUCGGUGCAUGAAGGUUCCAAUCCCACGUUUAAAUGGACCGUUGAUGACAAGCCGUACUUCACCUACUACAACACGGUUCUCAACGUCAUCUACCAGAACGCUGCCAUCUACAAGCUGACAGUGAUGGCCAUGAACCACGUCAGUACCCUGACGGAGCAUUUCAAUGUAACCGUAGACCGGCUGCAGCCCAUGGCCAACCUGACUGUAAAGCCUGCGGCUAAUGUGGUGGUCCAGGGCGCCGCUCAGGCCUUCAGUGCUGCUGUGCUCGUGGACAUGGCAGUGGGCGCCACCUUUCGGUGGUCAUUUGGUGACGGUGGGUACGUGGAGGUUGAGUACCGGCCUCCCUACGCCCGCACUCUCUUCUGCACAGACUCUCCCAAUCAGGUCCUUCUCAGCAACAACGUCACCCAUGUCUACACUCAGCCAGGAGUCUACACCGCGCAGGUCUCUGUGUCUAACCGCUACGGGAACAUUAGCCAGCGUGUGGCUAUGAACGUCUGUAGCGUUCUCAGUCGUGUUCACAUAACAACGGUGCCACAGCUUCUCCUGGUGGACAAAUCGGUGGCUUUUGAGGCUCAAGCUUUUCCAGCCUCCACUGGGAUUUCCUAUACAUGGCAUUUUGGCGACGACUCUGUGAUGCUGCGAAGCCGUGAGAUGCGUGUGUUUCACACCUACACCCAGAGCGGCGCUGUCAGCGUAUGUGUGUCCGUAAACAACACCAUCAGUUCAGCACAAGCUUGUUCUGACAUGUUCGUGUAUGAGGAAAUUGAAGUUUUAACAGCUGAGAGCUGCUCCCCUGUAGAGCUGCGCAGCGCCACCACUGUGUCGGCUCACCUCGCCUCAGGAAACAACAUCACCUGGACGUUCUGCAUGGGAGAUGGCGUCUGUCACGUCACCUUGGAACCUCAAGUGUCACACACUUACAUGAAGGAAGGCAACUACACUGUGAACGUGACUGCAAAGAACGCUGUGAGCUCUGGCUGGACACUCGUACCUGUGCAGGUGUUUGACUUCCAGAUUUUGAGGAUCGAACCAUCUGGAUGUGUCCAAGAACUGAUCCCUGUCCAGUUUCAGGCCUGGGUGUCUGGUAAUGUAUCUGCUCAUUUUUAUGAAUGGAGCUUUGGUGACGGCAGCCCCAACGAGACACAUCAGGGCGACCCGAGAGUUACUCACACUUACGGGUGGAGUGGGAACUACCACCUGUCUCUGCUUCUUACCAGUGGCACCAACAAGGCCACCAAGACCAUCUUCUUCACCUGGGUUUGUGUGCAGCCAGUUUUAGCCAGUAUCAACCUCACACUUGAAAAGUCGCACUUCUGUGUUGGGGAGGACAUAGAGUUCCGGGUCAAAGUUGAGCCACCGUUUAACUACAGCUAUCUCUGGGACUUUGGUGGUGAUAAAGAUCCUGUUCUCGUCUGUGCUUCUGGGAAUGUAAUGACCACAUAUGAAAAGCCAGGUCAUUACUUGGUGUCAGUUUCUGUUUCUAAUAACAUCUCCACCAGAAACACAACUGUCCUUAUAGACAUCCAGAUGCCCGUAGGGCCAGUUAUUCUCCAGCAUAAUGGAAGUAGAUAUAAUAACUUGACUCUUGGGGCACCAUACACUUUCUGCGCUUCUUCUUUGGCCUCCAGUGUCUUGUACACCUGGAACUUUGGAGAUGGAAAUGUGUUUACAGGCCAAAAUAUCAUUUACAGCUACGGCACCUCAGGAAAUUACAAUAUUACAUUGACAGCCACCAACACGGUUAGCAGGAACCACACGUUUUUACAUGUAGCUGUACUUGCUCCAAUCCGUGGUUUAACAGUCAAUGCUAGCUUGGUAAAUGUCCCUCUCAAUGCCUCGGUACACUUUGACGCAUAUAUGGAAGAGGGGGACGGUGUCCGGUUUUCCUGGAUCCUGUGUGACCGCUGCACAUCGAUCCCAGGGACCCACACCAUGUUCUACACCUUCCGAUCUGUUGGAACCUUCAACAUCAUUGUGACAGCUGAGAAUGAUAUUGGAACCGCACAAGCAAGCAUAUUCCUGUUUGUGCAGCGAGAACUGGAAGGAUUGCAGAUUUUGGCAGCGGAGCAAGUUGCAGGAGGAGGAAGUAGAGCAUUUGGUGGUUGCUGCGUUGCCACAAAUAAAGUUCUCCACCUUCAGGCUGCAUUAAAGGAAGGAACCAAUAUGACCUUUACUUGGAAUCUCAUAAGAGAACUUGACCCUGACACCUCAAGCUUUAACAUAAGUGGGAAAACUGUGGACGUAAAUUUCUCAACACCUGGUCCAUGUGAUGUAUUUCUCCGGGCAGCCAAUCUCCUCGGCCAUCUGUCCGUCAACAGAACCAUCUACUUCAUAGAAGAAGCCAGGGGCGUGCACCUUCAAAUCAGUGAUAACCCAGUGGCUGUCAAUGCCUCAACGAACCUGACGGUGCUGACUACGGAAGGUUCAGACCUGCAGUAUGUCUGGGCUGUAAGUGGAGAGGUACUCCAGUGGAACAAAUCCUGGAUAAUCCACACCUUCUUGAGUCACGGCCUGAAGCUGGUUAACGUCAAGGUCUUCAAUGAAGUCAGCUCAGAAACGGUGUCAGACUUCAUCAGUGUUCAAGAGGUCAUUUCUGGGCUGUGGUUUUCUGCUACCAAUGUGACAGACCAGAACUAUGUAGCCGCAGACGUCAGUGUCUCGCUCCAGGGAGAUGUGCUGACUGGAACCAAUAUUUUGUGGACGUGGCUGUUGGAUGGAAGACCAAGAACAGGACAGAAAACCUCUCUGGUUUUUACAGAGCCAAAGAUAGCUGUAAUUAUUCUGAAUGCCACCAAUGAUGUCAGCAGACAAGUGGUUUCACGGGAAUUCUUUGUUCAGAAAAAAAUUCAGGGCCUGGAGCUGAAGGCCAGCAAAACCUUCAUAGCAGUCGGUGAGAAGGUGGAGUUCAGCAUUUCUAUGACAGCGGGUUCAGACGUACAUCUGAUCCUCAGCAUCAGUGGAGACUCCACCAUUUUUCAAGUCAACAACACAUACGUGCACACGUUCACCAGAGUGGACACCUACAUCGUUAAUCUCACAGCUUACAACCAGGUGAGCUCUAAGAGGCGCCACCUCCACGUGGAGGUCAUGGAGCCUGUGCGUGGGCUUUCCAUCCUGGAGUGCUGCCCUCCUGCCAUCCCUGUAGGUGUGAGGAGAACCUUUGAGGCCAGCAUUGUGAAAGGAAAACCCAUUCAGUUCCUUUGGACCUUUGAUCUGCACAACCUGCACCGAGUGUCACAUGUGGGCAAAGAGAUGUCCUACACUCCAGAAGAAGCGGGAUUAUUGAUCAUCUACCUGAAGGCCUUCAACUUGCUGACUUGUCAGAAUGUAACCAAACACGUGGUGGUGCAGAACCUGCUGACGGCUGCCAUCCUGUACGCAGCGCCCACCGAUACCUUUGUCAAUAAAACCGUCACUCUGAUGGCCUCAGUCACGCCCAGAUCUCAUCCUGUCGCCUGUCUGUGGGACUUCGGUGAUGGUUCCACCCCUGUUCACUCCGACGUCACAACUGUGGCUUACCAGUACACGCACCCGGGACACUACCUGGUCCAAGUGAACUGCAGCAACCUGGUGAGCUGGGUGUUGGGCCAGGUGGGAGUAAAUAUCACUGUCUUAGAGUGUGAGGAACCAAAGGUCAAGGUAGUUCAAGCCCCCCGCCUGGCCAUCUGGCGGUCCCAGCCCGCUUUAGUAGAGGCUGAAGUAGACCUGAAAGGCUGUAUACGUUAUGGUGCACAGUACCUGUGGCAGAUCCUUUCUACGCCGUCCUGUGAGAACGACAAAGACUACAUUCUGACCCCUGGGGUGGUGCCUCAGAGCCUGCCUGUCGCUGUGGUUCAGCUUCCAGUGGAGGUGGACGUGCAGCGGCUGCAGCUGUCCUUGCCUAAGUUGGCUGUGGCAGCAGGAAACUACACCCUGGUGUUCUCGCUGUCGUAUGAAGGCAUUCCUCUGAGGAAGGCUGCCUGCCUCCAGCUUAGCAUCAUGGCUGCCAGACUGGUACCCAUCAUAGAAGGAGGCACUUACAGAGUGUGGUCAAGGACCCAGGACCUGGAGCUUAGUGCGGAGCAGUCCUACGACCCCAACAUAGAUCAGGACAGCCAGUCACAGCUUCUCCACCACUGGGAAUGUCAGAGUACGUCCAAGGGUGUGGACCACUGCCCCAGUCUGAACUUCAGCUUGAACUCCACUGGCCCAGUCCUCAGGAUUUCCGGCUCUAAGCUGGCGGCUGAUGCCGAAUACACUUUCAAAGUGACCAUCAGCAAAGGAGGAAUGGCACGGGAAUCUACCACCCAGACUGUGCUUGUCCAGAGCGGCCGUAUUCCCAUGGUGUACCUGGAGUGUGUAUCCUGUAAGGCCCAGUCCAUCUACAACAUCAGCCAGAACUCCUACGUCUACCUGAAAGGGACCUGCACGAACUGCCAGAGCUCGCCACGAGGGCGCUGGAGUGCUGUGACGCUGCAGAAUGAGACUCUGGUCCUGAACAUUUCCACAACCACCACAGGAAGUGACAGCAUGCACCUGGUUCUGCGGCAGGGUGUCCUGCACCACCAGGACUCCUACGUCUUCACCCUUCAUGUCACUGAUGACAGUCUGGACGGCGAGGGCGCUGCUUCCAUCACACUGCACCACAACACACCCCCAGACGGAGGAGAAUGCAGCCUGAGAGGAGAAGGCGACAGAGACACUGACUCUGAAGGCUUUCAAGUCCACACCCUACGGGACAGAAUCUACUUCAACUGCUCAGGUUACAGCGACCUCGGGGAGUUGGACACGCCCUUACUUUACAGUUUGGUGGCGACACGCUGCAGAGAACAUUACUGCGAGGACUUCUGCGUGUACAAAGGCAGCAGCCCAGAACAUUCGGCCUUCCUGCCUCCAGGAUUCAAAUCGAGCCGCUCUUGUGUCGCCGUGGGCAUCAUUGUGGAGGACCAUCAGGGUGCCGCCAUCAUCGCACUCAACAAAACCAUUGAGGUUGUGUUGCCAGAUCCACCCCCUGGUUACAGAAGUCUUCCUCAUUGGCUGGCUGAGCUGACAGACAGCAGCCUGAGGGAGCUGCUGAAGCAGGGCGACUCUCAGAGGGUCCGGGAGUUAUCGCUGGCUCUGAUUACCGUCCUGAACGAGCACGAGCAGACCACAGCCACGGCGCUGCCAGAUGAGUGGAAUUAUCGAGUCAGGGUCCGCAGCAACAUCACCAGAGCUCUGACCUCUCUGGACCUGACCACGGUGAAUGACAUUCAGCAGACGUCUGCCGCUCUGGCGCGGUGCACGGCGGUGAGUCGAGAGUUCAUCUGCGAGGAGUGUCAGAACAGCACUCUGACCAAACUGGAAUCCAUGUUAGAGAUUCUGCAGAGUGACACCAAGCAGGGCACCGUCACACCCACUGAGAUUGGCGACAACAUCCUCAACAUCAUGGGUGACUUGAUCCAUCAGGUCAGUCAGUCCGCAUCCCUGGAUUCCCCCUCAUCUUAUUCUACUUUUGCUGAAGAACAAGGAGGUGCCACGUCAAGCCACUCCUCUUCCUCGGAGCCACAUCCUCUGCGUGUGGCAGCUAAAGCUUACAGCUUGUCCUCCGUGCUCAUGCUGAUCCUCAUGCAUGCCCGCGUCCUCAACGAGGAGCCUCUGGUGCUCCGAGGAGAUGAGAUCGGUGCCACAGGAAAACUGGCUGACCCCCAGAGCCUGCUCUGUUACCAUGGCAACAACAGCCCAGAGUGUCAGCAGUUCUCCAUCCCUCGAGUGUUCAACAACAGUUUGGGCCGAGCUGCCGCAGGAAACAACGUCAUGCAGCUGCUUUUUCAGGUGGAGUCCAACCCUUUCCCGUUCAACUAUGUGGCAAACUACACAGUCUCCACUGAAGUGGCUUCCAUGGAAUUCCGCACUGAGAAUGGCACCCACAUUCCCAUCUCUGGCCUGGACGAUAGCCUCGCCAUCACUGUUGCUAUGAACAACAUCAGUGGCAUUGGCGGAGGAGAGGUCGAUCCCGGUGGUUCCGCCCCUGCAGGCGUUCCCGCAGCCGUCAACAUCAGCCACUGCAACUCGGUGAUCGUCAGGGUCAGCACAGGAAAUGGGAACAAGCAGGCCGGGCUCUUCAUCCAGCUCAACUUCACGUCUCUGCAAGACAGUGAAAAACCCGAGGAUGGUGAUACAGAUGUGGAGGAGCCGUACAUCACAGCUUACCUUCAUUCCCACCAAGACCCCAAUGAGUUUAACAGCACAGACACCAAACACAUCACCCUCGGGAUGACCCGGGGUCUGGAUCUGGACCACACCAAAUACACCUUCUUCCUGUCUCCAGAAUCCUACGAUACCACGGCGGACUACUUUAUCAAUGUGAGCACCGCCUGCAGUGUGCCGGCCGUGGGCGUGCGCCUGGAGGUGGCAGUGUUUGCCUCUCUGUGUCAGUACUUUGAUAAGAGCGAGAAGCAGUGGAAGACGGACGGCAUGGUGCCCCUGGCACAGACUAAUACCAGCAGAGCCGUGUGCCGCACCAGGCACCUGACCGCCUUCGCUGCUGGCCUGUUUGUACCUGCCAGCUCCAUCAGCUUCAUGUUUCCAGAACGUUCCAGUGCUCCCAGCCCGGUCGUGCUCUUGGUGUGUGUACUGGGUUUGUUAAGUUAUGCCGUGGCUGCGGCCAUCUUGCACAAGUUGGACCAGCUGGAUCUUCGCCGUUCUGGUGUGGUUCCACUUUGUGGUCGAGAUGGACUCUUCAAGUACGAGAUCCAGGUCAAGACUGGCUGGAGCCGAGGGGCAGGUACCACGGCCCAUGUGGGGAUCAGCUUGUACGGGCGCGAGAGCCGCAGCGGACACCGCCAUCUUGACAGCAGAGGGGCGUUUUCACGGAACGCCCUCGACAUCUUCCAUAUUGCCACGGAUACCAGCCUAGGCAGUGUCUGGAAAAUUCGGAUUUGGCAUGACACAUAGGGUCUGUCUCCUGCCUGGAUGUUACAGUACGUCCUCGUCAAAGACCUGCAGACAGGAAGCAGCUACUACUUUCAGCUUGGGGAGUGGCUGUCAGUGGACAACGAGAGAACUGGUGGGCAGGUGGAGAUUGAAGUUGAGGCUUCAGAAGAGGCAGAGCUUCUCGUCUUACCCCGCCUGUUGCAGAGUGAGCUUCAGAGGGCCGUGUGCGAGAGUCACCUGUGGCUGUCGCUAUGGGAGCGCCCGGCCCGCAGCCCUUCACCCGCUGCGAGGGCGACAUGCUGUGCUCUGUUGCUGCAGCUCUUUCUAUUGGCCAACACACUGUGGUACAGCGUGGUGGUGGACCGGCGGUACAGCCUGAGACCCGUGUCACAGUUUUCUGCUGUAAACGGAGAGACGGUAGCAGCAGGAUUAGUCAGCUGCUUGGUUGUUUACCCUUUGUACCUGCUAGUCUUCACACUCUUAAGGAUGAGCCGCAGCAAGUGUGUGUCUGUGGAGCAGGUGGCCCCACAGUUGGACCAGGAAUCCGUGGAGAUCGAUGACUUCUUGGACAACUCACUGACAGGAAGUUCCUUCCUCUUUUUUAAUGGCGAGACUAACUCAGAAGAAACCAAUUUGGAUUUUCCCACAUUGUCAUCCAAAAGUGUGGACAGUUUGGCUGAUGAGGAGCCAGAGGACAGUGAUUGGCCAGAGCUGCUGAGUGAUGCGUCUGUGGUGGGAGGAGCUGGACUUAGUGCAGGAUUCCCAAGGCUCAAGCGGGGUCAAGGAAGCAGGCACCUCGGUCUUGAAAUGACCUUGAACCCUGAGGACAAGGACAGCAUGAACCAACGCAACAAAUACUUCACCUCCUCAGAUGAGGAUCUGAUAAAACACAUCCUGACGGACGGACAGAACUUCUUUCCAGAGGAAGACGAAAGUGAGAUGGCGGACUUGUCGAGUAUUUUUGGAGAUAAGACCGAAGUGAUUCUUCUGCAGAAGCUGAGCGAGCCGCUUCCUGUCGAACCCGUCAGGCGAGAUCCACCAAAGACCGCCUUCACCUCCGACACCGUAGUGACGGACGUUUGUCGGCCGCGGCGCUUUCCGCCCUGGUGUGGGCGUGCAGCUCUGUGGGGGAGCUGGACGGCGAUCGCUGUGGCCAACAGCGUGUCGGUGUGGGCGGGUCACGGCUUCAGUCAGCACAUGGCCAUGAUGUGGCUCAUCUCCUCCUUCUCCAGCUUCCUGUGCUCGUGUCUGCUGCUGGAGCCUAUCAAGGUGCUGUGUGAAGCCGUUUACUACGCGGUGUGUGUGCGGCGGCUGCGCCCGGAGGACCAGGACGUUCUGGUGGAGUUCCCUCGGGUGGAGCGAGUGGUGCAGCGGGUUCCCCGGGUGCGUCCACCGCAUGGCUUUGCUCUGUCUCAGGCUCGACACCAGGCCCGGAAGGUCCACAUGCUGCACACCAUGCUGAAGAAUUUCUUGGUUUAUAUGUUUUUCCUGUUGGUGGUUUUGCUGCUCAACUAUUCAGACAAAGACGCCCAUAGUCUGAGGCUGCGCACUCAGCUGCAGCGCCUGCUGCACACCGCCAACUACAGCCACAUCAGAAGCCAAGACGAUGUGCUACUGUGGCUGAAUCACACCUUGCUGCCCCGCCUACUGGAUGGCUCCACCCUCUUGAAGGACACAGGAAGUGUGUUAAUGGGAACCGUGAGACUUCGACAGAUUCAUGACACACGUGGCAUCAGUGCUUCUUGGACAGGAAGUGAUAUGGGGUCAACGGGCUGGGUUACGUCUCAGAAUGUCACGGUACUGAACGGCGGUGGCAGACAUUUGGUCCAUGAGCUGAACACGAGUCUGGAGCGGACAUCAGCCUUCAUCCAUCAGCUGCAGCAGCUCCACUGGCUCGAUCACAGGACCCAGGGUGUGUUUGUGGACUUCUCACUCUUCAACAUCAACACCAACCUGCUGGCCGUCUUCUCCUUCCUGUUUGAGUUCUCGGUCUCUGAGCGAGUCCAGUCCAGCCUGGAACUUGUGGUCAUCAACCUGUGUCCAGUCAGAGGCCUGGACCUGCAGCUCCUUCUGACGGUCGUCCUUCUCAUCCUGGUGUUGUACUUCCUGCUGCGCGGUGUGUUGGGCAUCCUCAGACUGGGGUACGUGUACCUGCUGUCAGCCUGGAGGAUCAUGGGUAUCUGUCACUUGGGUCUUGCGGUGUCUGUGUGCGUUCUGCACCUGAGCCGCUGUUCCAUGGCGAACCACCAGUGGGCACUGUACCUGAAGCAGCCACAGGACACAUACACAGAUUUCUAUGCUUUGGCCAAAUGGACGCAGACGUAUGCCGUCAUGGCGGCCCUGCUGCUCUUCAUCCUGGUACUGAAGGCGUCCCAUCAGCUGCGCUUCCUCAGGGAGUGGGCCGUGUUCGGCAGAGCUCUGCGGCACUCCGUGUGGGAACUCCUGGGAAUUGCUGUGACAUCACUGCUGGUGCUGCUGACGUACUCACACACAGGUCACCUGCUCUUCCACUCCGUCCUUGACGGCUACGUCAGUGUCGCCGCCGCCUGUCUCUCUGUGCUGGGUGCUGGGGGGCGUGGCUUGUCAUCGAGACAGCCCAGUUGGACCAUGACGGGUCCCUGCAGCUCCGCCUCCUUGCUGGUUUUCCACACGAGCUUGGUGGUACUUCGGCUGCUGUUCCUGUGGUUGGUCACCUCGGUGUUGCUGAGGAACUACCGGCGUGCACGUGCUGAGCUGUACCGCCCGACCGGAGACCUGCAGGACUACGAGAUGGUUGAGCUGUUCCUGAGGAGACUGAAGAUGUGGAUGGGACUCAGCCGGACAAAGGAGUUUCGCCACAAGGUGCGAUUCGAGGGUAUGGAGCCGUCACCAUCCCGCUCAUCCUCCACCAGUGACUGUAAGUCCCUGUGUCUGCCCCCGUUGGACGGUCCAGAGGCCCCGCCCACUCCGGAUAGUGUGGAUGCUGGCUCAGAGGCCUCGUGGUGUCCGGCAUCAUCCAGCCCCUGCAGCCUGACUGAAGCUCCAGUGGUGAGCACAGGACUCGGUCUGGGUCCAGGUCCGGGUCCGGGUGUCAGCUGGAGAGAGAGGGCAGAGACUGAAGCUUCCCUGAGGAGGCUCCUCCCUACCUUGGAUGCUCUGCUGCAACAGCUGGAUCGGGUCACCAUAGCAAUGGAGGAUGUGCACCACCUGGAGUGCAGCCUGGAGCGAGCACACCGAAAGAGGAGGGAAAAGGGGCGUCGCCGAGGGGGUCAGGGGGCGCGGAGAGAGAAAGUCAAAAGGAGUAAGAAGGACAAAAAGGACUGUGGGAAAAACACCGCCAACCCCAGAAAGAUGCCCAUAGCCACGCCCAUCCUCUUCCUGAAGUCCACCCAUAACACACUCAGACACCUGCCCCCAUCAGACCCGACCUGUGAAAACCAGAGUCAACCAAAGUCAACCCUUGGUCCCGCCCAUCAGGUCAGAGAUCAUGGCUGUGAGUCCUCAGCAGAGAAAGAGACUCCACCCUUUUCUCGACUCUUCAGUCACCCAGUUAGAAUGUCGAAACGUAAGCCCCACCCCCUGAAAAACAAAGUGCACCCACACCUCAGUGGACCUGGACCCCUGAAGACCUGAGGAGCAACAGAACGUCAGUGGACUGGAGACAGUAGGUCCUGCCCCCAUCAUGGUUCCGCCCUCAACACGGCCCUGCCCCCAUCAGGAUCCCGCCCCGUCUCGGCCCUGCCCCCAUCAGGAUCCCGCCCCGUCUCGGCCCUGCCCCCAUCAGGGUCCCACCCCGUCUCGGCCCUGCCCCCAUCAGGGUCCCACCCCGUCUCGGCCCUGCCCCCAUCAGGGUCCCACCCAGCCUCGGCCCAGCCCACACAGCCAACAAAAGAAACAAGUGUGGAAAGGAAAACCUUUUAUAAACUUUUCUACAAUCAAUGAUCUGAUUGUUUUUUCCUCAGAAUCAAGGUGCAGGUCACCAGUUCCCCAACAGAAGCCCCAAAGACCCAAACUGACCCUGGAGGUCGUGUGGGGUCACCGACAGGAGCACAAAGUCGUGGUCAGCUGUAGAUGGUCAGAAGCCUCGGUUUCAGGGUGCCAAAUCUCCAUCAGCAUCAAGACACGGUCAAGUCUGGAAUUCUGUGGCGCUUCCAGAACCACCUUCAGAUCCAACUAGAACCUAAAAUGUUUCUGGACUUCAGAUGGGCACCUCACACCUUGAGACACAGACAUGAUCUUAGUCCCAGUGAUCGACCCCUGGACCAGUCAAAGUCUGAAGCAUUUCAAAGCUCAUGUACAUGGAUUCUUUAGUCCAAAAAUCUGCGGUAUCUCUGGGAAGUAAUAGAAUCCUGACCCGUAAACCAAACAAAGCCAAGGUUCUGAAGGUUUACAGCAGCACAGAUGGAGACAGCACCCCACCACCACCCCCCACCCCAAGAGUGGCGGCGAUGGAAACAUGCCCCUCUGGUGCUGCGCUGUUGGGGACACGCCCCCUCGGAGAGGUGCCAGUGGCAUUUUGGGAAUCACAGCAAUAAGCUUGUGACCGACUGAAUCUUUAAACAUUGUCGAAGCUUUUGUGUCAUUUAAGCAGCCAAAUCGUUACUGAUCGCGUAUUUUGCACUUUGUUGUAAACGUGUCACGUGUUUAGAUGCUUUGCUAACAGAUACAUUCACGAUGUUUGUUUUGCUCAUGUUAUGAUCUCAGGGAAUUCACCUGUUACACCUGUAGGGGGCGUCAGUGUUUUUAGUGAAGGAAUCAUUUCAUGUUGUGGUGUGUGUCGGAACGCGAGGCAGGCCCCUCCCUCUUCCAGGCACACCACUAUAACACACACUUUGGAACCAUUAACUUCAGUCCCAGCAUGCUUUGUUCUUACAUGUGUGUAAAUAUGGUGCUUUUUUGAUGUAUAUGAUGUUUUUAUUGCAGUUUAUCAGAAAUGUGUCACUUUAUUGAAGCUUUUGAACCAAAACAAUGCAGUUAUCAUUCCUGUUUGUUUUUUUCCCUGAUGUUUAUGUUUGUAUCCAUUAUACUUGCAGCACUUAAACAUUUGCACUUGACAAUGUCAAAUAAAGACUUUGACGGCUCCAAA